CCCAGUGUGCAUUGCGCAACGCGGUUGCCUGAGGAACGUACGCUCUUUGCAGGAAGGCACACUGCGACCCUGAAGGUGACGAACUCUUCGUGAGUGGGAUGUAGAACAGUGCAGCGCAGGCCCGAGGCCAUGCUGGUUUGGCGAGAUGCCUGGUUUACAAGAUGAUUCAGGUGCCGUUCCUCAAUCCAUGAUGGAAGCUCUUGAGUCGUUCUGUAGCUUACCAGAGCAGUCAUAUGAGCAGUUCCUGUCCACCUUCACACACCUGAGCACAGAGAACGUGACGGCUGGUUGUUUGAAGGUUCCUGAAGAAGAAAACAAUACCUGUCUUGUAGAGCUGGACAGAAGAGACGGCGUGAACAUGGACAGAAAGGUUGACACAGAGGAAGAGACUGAAGACUUGCAUAACACAAAAGAUGCGUGUGUGCUUCCUGGAGAGGUUGAGGAAGAUUUGCCGUUAUACACUCCUGCUUUCUGUCACCUCACACAGCUUGAGCUCUCGUCUACUGACAUGGACCAUAGGACACACACUCCACCAAGCAGCACAGAGAGCCAGAGCGAAACUGAGGAGGUUGUGCCUUUCAGUCUGGAUGACACCUUCGAUUAUGACAAUGUUGCGCUGUCUCACAAGUAUCCUGUCAUAUCUAGCAACUGUGGAUCAUCAUGACCUGGUCAUGGCGAAUCCAGAGCCUAUCCCGGGAACACUGGGAGCGAGAUGGGAUAUUACACCCUAGACGGAGCGCUGGUUUCCUAUUUUUAUCUGUCCUGCUCUCGUCCUUGUUCCCUCACACAUUUAUUAUCUUUCUCAUAUGCAAUCACUUAGGAAGGAAUUUAUUUAAGCUGCCUGCUGCCUUUGUUAAUUUAUUGGAAGCCAAUGCCAAUCACAUUUAUAAUUCAUAAUUAUAAAUGAGGGAAAGGUAGGUUGCUCUAACAUUUCUUCUUUGUAUGAAAAGUAAGUAAAAUGUCAAUAUGAAUUUUGAUUAUAAUAGCCUAUUUUAUAAAAAGUCUAAAAUAGCACCUCUCUAUAUCCAUAAUCGUUCCCCAAAUGGAUUAGCACUGAUUGUGUCUCAUCAGCCACUCCUAUGAACUGUAGAGAAGAUGUCAUUAUUGUGUCACCUGUCUGUCAUAGAAUGUCAGGAUAGUUAAAAGGGGCUUUCUUUACUUUAGCUGUAGAAAAAUGUCGUUAUUGUGUCGUGUCUCUGUCAUAGAGUGUCAAGAUAGUUACAAGGUUAAAGGAUUGCUUUAUACAGAAAUGGAAUUAGCGAGUUAUGUGUCUGUUGUAGUGUUAAAGGGUUAAUAAUCAAACAUUACAAAUGAGGUAUCUCAUAGAAUGUUAAGAAUAAUGUUAAGUUUAAUAUUAAUAGUAAUAUUAUGAAUAUUAAGGUAAGAGAUUUAGAAAAGAAAAAGCACCUGUACAGUACAAAAACUACACAAUGAAAUAGUAACAUGUCAUUAAGUAUCAUUGUCAUUAUGUACAGUAUUGAUGGUAACAUUUGACUAUAUUAUAAUAGUAUAGAUAGA